AUGGCGGUCAUCACCUCGCUUCCGGGACUUCGUGUCACUGUCGAGUCAAACGGCGUGGCGGCUGAGGAGCACGAGCACCCUCAUCCGCAAGAAGACAAUUCGAGAACCAUGGUCAGGGAGAACUUCGACCUCCCCCCUGAUUAUGAGGGUCCGCUGCCCCAUCUCGUUCGGUACAUCGAGGCAAAACCAGGCGAAGAAUUUGAAUUUGUGGUUGUCAAAGAAGCCGACGUCCAAGGACAGAGUCAUCACUUAGGCUUCGGUUUCUAUAUCGACGGAGAACUUGCGAACCGUAGUCAAGAGUAUCCCGACGCCCCAUCCAGAGCAUGGAGGUUAAGAGUGGGCGGCUUCUCAUCUGGGAACCAAUCGUCCGGGUACAGGAGGCACAACUACCAGUUCAAGGAGCUUCGACUGACCCAAGGCGACGACCUUUCUACCCGGGACCUGCAACGUCAAACUAGCCUAGCACAGGAGUGUGGGAUGCUGCGUGUUGUUGUCCAGAAUAUGGAAGAGAGCCGGUUCCUGAAUUCGUUCAAACCGCACAAGAUCACGACACAAUUCAAGGUUACCGAGCUUCCGGAGGAAGCGCUGAAAGGCUUAACGACGGACUGCGCAACUAGUCUCACAUCCAGACCAAGAGACCCCCCAGAGCCUCGUAGGCGCCGUCAGUGGAACUACAGCGACCCGGAGCGGCGUCCCUUUGCAGUCUUCGACUUCAUUUAUCGGUUGAGAGGUCAGUACCCACGACUCGCUUACCUCCCUUCCGCUACCCACCCCACACUAUUCACUCCACCGAGCGAGAACAGCCAACAGACCGCACCCGCCACAAGAACCAAGCGUUCGGCGAAAGCCAUAACCGAUGCUGAGCCCACAGCCCGGUACAAGGUGCGGCGGACGGAGGACGGGCGGGAGGAGACAAACCGGACUGAUGUCUGAUUGCUGGCGGCUGUCUGGAUGGCUGUCUGGGGGCUUGCGGCUUGCGACUUGUGGCUUGCUUGGUUGUAAGAACAACUGUGUGGGUGUUGAUAUAGGCGGAUGGUGGUUUUGGUGGGAGAGGGAGGGCU